GAUCUAUUGGAUAAGAUUUUGAAUUUUGAUGAAUAGUUUGUUUAUAUACUGCUAGAGGGUACAACUAUUACUAUUCAUCGCUAAAUUAACUGUUAUCGUUAUCCCGAAACCCGGGGUUUGUCUUUGUAUCCUCUCCAAAAUGGGCCAGGGCAAGAGCCAAUUCACUGAGGAGGAGCUUCAAGAUUACGAGGACCUCACUUACUUCACGAAGAAGGAAGUGUUAUAUGCCCACACUCGGUUUAAAGCCCUGGCUCCAGAGAAGGUUGGCCACAACAAGAAUGCCAAGCUCCCAAUGGCCAAGAUACUCCAGUACCCAGAGCUCCGAGUCAACCCGUUUCGAGACCGGAUCUGCAAAGUGUUCAGCUCGAGCAGUGAUGGCGACUGCACUUUUGAGGACUUCUUGGAUAUGAUGUCCGUGUUCAGUGAUAAUGCCCCGAAAGCAGUGAAGGCUGAGCAUGCCUUUAGGAUUUUUGAUUUCGAUGGCGACGACAUGAUAGGCGUCUCCGACCUUCGUGAAGUGAUCGAGCGACUCUGCGGCCCGGAACUACAGCUGGCCGACUCGGAGUUGCAACAGCUAGUGCAGAAUGUUCUGGAAGAGGCCGACUUGGAUGACGAUGGCGCGCUCAGCUUUGCCGAGUUUGAGCAUAUUAUUGAUAAGAGCUCGGACUUUACUCAGACUUUCCGGAUACGACUGUAAAGAAGCAGCAACGAAAAAUGUCUACAAACUAUCAUUUACCUAUUUUAAGAAUAGUAAAAUAAGCGCCGCCCAAAACGCGGACCCGCGUACGAGGAAACUAUUUAAGAAACAUAAUCGCGACACGAGAGGACAAUUAAUCUCCAAUUUUGUAUGAAUACCCAAAAGAAUGGUGUUAAGAUUAAUUAAUUGAAUAUGUUAUUUUAUGAAUCUCAAUCUUAUAACACUGUUUACGUACUAUUCCAACUCUACAUGACAUUUUGAAUCUCAAACUAAUUUAUAGGUUUAUAAGGCAUUAUUGUAAGCCAGUAAGGUUAGAUGGGGUAAGAGAAAUAUUGGGACAAGAGUAACACUUAUAGGGAAUCCUCAUACUGUUUCUCUUGCUCCGAGCAAAAUAAGGUACCCCACAUUACCUUUAAACGCAUGGACAAAUUUAGAGGAACGCAAAAAAUAGUUGACAAGAAAUUGUAGAAAAUUAUUGAGGGCGCCACUUCCUACGUAGCUGUCACAUUUUUGACGUAAAAUGCUUAAAAAUGGCAACAAUUUAUUUAAUUUCUACUAUUUUGUGUUAUAUUAUUAAAGUAAUUUCAAAAUUCCAUGUCUGCAGCGACUUGGAAGCAACAUAGUGUGGAGGUGUACCAUAUCAAAUUUCUAUAAAAAAAAAAGAGGUGCUGACACGGGUUGUCGGUGCAAAGAUAAGGCUUCUACAAACGUUGCAACUAAUGGCAUGCAAUUUUAGAUAAUUGCUGGCUAAGUAGGAGCAACAACUUGAGGCUAUCAAAAAAUUGUCAUGCUACUUCAGUCAAUGUCAGUUCUUUUGGUACCGAGACUGACUGAAAUAGCAAGACCUGUUCGUACGUUUUCGUGAAAAUACGCACUAAAAUGAUUAUUCACUACAUCUGUAAGUUACAAAUGAAAUUAAACGAAAUGAUGUCUAGUUUUUUUAUCUGCAAUCAAUGUAUAUAAUUUUAUAAUUA